CUCAUUGACCUCUACAUACAUACACACCAUCAACAUUCUCUCUCUCUCUCUCUCUCUCUCUCUCUCUCUCAUGGCUGAUGUCCAUGAUGGUCAUGAAGGCAUCAAACUAUUUGGUGCAACAAUUGCAGUGCAAGUGCGAGAAUCAAAGGAUGAUGAGCCAAACAAAGCUCAUGAUGAUCAAACAUUAGAAAAGAGGCCAGACAAGAUCAUACCAUGCCCUAGGUGCAAAAGCAUGGAAACAAAGUUUUGUUACUUCAACAACUACAACGUUAAUCAACCAAGGUACUUUUGUAAGGGCUGCCAGAGGUAUUGGACAGCUGGUGGGGCCCUCCGGAACGUCCCCGUUGGAGCCGGUCGUCGGAAGACUAAGCCGCCGUGCCGGGGAAUCUCCGGCUUCUCGGAGAGUUGCUUCUUUGAUUCUUCUGAAAUGAAACAAUUUGAUUUUGAUGGGGUGGUGGUGGAGUGGCAAUUGGCGGCUGCAGCGUCACACGGUGGUUUCCACCGUAUUUUUCCGGCGAAGAGGCGGAGGAGCACCGUAGAUGGUCAAAGUUGUUGAUCUUCUUCUCUUCUAUUCUAUGUCCUUCAGUGUCUAAUAAUUUAAUAUGUUAUGAUUAUAUAUUGGUAAUGAUCUAGUGGUGGUGUAUAUAUAUAGGAGCUGCCUCAAGUUUAAUUGAAAGUUGAUCAAUGAUUUUA